AUGCCGUCGCCGAACAUGAUCUCCGAACCGCUCGACGUCAGUUUUGUCAUAGAACAGCUAGAAAACGACGAGAUCCAAGAGGGCUGUCUGACUGCCGAACAGUACACCAAACUGUUUUCCGCUUACUUGUACACCAACGAACUGUGUGCCGCAAAAUUCUUAUGGCGCCGUGUGCCCGAACCGAUCAAGGCCGAUCCCGAGUUGCAUAAGGUCUGGUCGAUUGGCAAAGCCCUCUGGGCGAAACACUACACACAAGCAUACGAACUGAUCGACUGCAAGUGGUCUAAUGUACUGGAGCCCAUCAUGAUUGCGAUCAAGCGCCGCAUCCAACAGGACACAUUGAAAUUCAUUAGCAUGCACUACGAAAACAUACAACUUGACAAAUUUCAAACGUUCAUGGGGGUAGACAGAGAACAAGCAGAAAGAAUAGUGGAGAGCGAAGGUUGGACAUGUAGAAAUGGAUAUGUCUUGCCGAUAGCAAUCAGUGAACCCGAUGUGGGACUAGGUGGUAGUCAAGAAAUUCUGGACAGAUUAGUGACUCUAUCAUCAUUUACGUCUUAUAUUGAAAAUUGA